AUGGCAGAAUUUGAACCUGGUUCUUUGCCCGACCUGCUGCCACUCUAUUAUCGACGCCUCUUCCCCUUUGGCCCUUACGGGCGGUGGCUGCGCUACGGUGACGUACCAAAGAAUUACUUUCAGCGGCGGGAGUUCUCAUUCACACUGCAUGAUGAUAUUUAUGUCCGGUACCAGUCUUUCAGCACCCCACAGGAGCUGGAGAAAGAGAUCCAGAAAAUAUGUCCUUACAAAAUUGACAUUGGGGCUGUAUAUUCACACAGGCCUAUCCAGCACAACACAGUACACAUGGGAGCCUUCCAGGCUCAGGAAAAGGAACUUGUGUUUGACAUAGACAUGACAGAUUACGAUGAUGUCAGGCAAUGCUGCAGCUCUGCCGAGAUCUGCUCCAAAUGCUGGACUCUCAUGACUGUAGCCAUUCGCAUUAUAGACCGGGCCCUAGUGGAGGACUUUGGAAUCAAGCACCGCCUCUGGGUGUACUCAGGACGUAGAGGUGUGCAUUGCUGGGUGUGUGAUGAGUCUGUCAGGAAAUGGUCUACAACUCUCCGUUCUGCAGCAGUGGAAUAUCUAACCCUGGUCAAGGGUGGCGAGCAGACCAUCAAGAAGGUGAUCCUCUCUGAUCCCAUUCACCCAUUCAUCAGGGAAUCACUAAACGUGGUGAAGGAAUACUUCGAAGAAUACGCCAUUGUGGGCCAGGACAUUCUUGGAAAUAAAGAGAGCUAUGAUAAAGUGUUGGCUCUUGUCCCAGAACCAGUUCGAGAGACAUUGCAGAAGGAAUUCUGUAAAAAGCGCAAUUCAAUCCAGCGCUGGGAGCUUUUGAAAAACAAGACAGAAAAGUUCAAUAAAGCACAGUGGGAGAUCAUGUUGCAGUACUGCUUUCCCCGGCUGGAUAUUAAUGUAAGCAAAGGAAUCAACCAUUUAUUGAAGAGCCCCUUCAGUGUUCAUCCCAAAACAGGUCGUAUUUCGGUUCCAAUUGACCUGCAGAAACUGGAUGACUUUGAUCCAUUUGCUGUUCCAACUAUAAGCCUACUCUGUCAUGAACUUGAUAAAACUGGCAAUUAUCAGGCUGCUGAAGAGCAAAAUGAAGGGGAGCUGGAAAGCCCUCGUAGGAAUAGAGACUACAAGAAAACCAGUUUGGCUCCAUAUGUGAAAGUUUUUGAACAGUUCCUGGAGGAGAUGGAUAGAUCUCAGAAACAGAAAAGUCCUAAGGCUAGAGAUGUACAGAUGGAUUUCUGAAGUUUUGAACCUGUGGGAUGUGUAGUAAUCCUGCCUCAUUCUCUGUAUCCAGAAAACCCAUAAAGUGCAAAUUGCACCAUUCUUG